GAUGUUCAUGGCCAAAAACAUUGUUAAACAAAUUUUAAUAGCGUUUGACCUAUUAAUUGGUGUAUUGGAUUUGAGUAAAUUUUAAGCGGACUUUGUGGAAGCUAGUGGCAACUGGCAAGAAAAGGAUGGGCACCGUGAAUAAGAGGAUAUUUGUGAUGUUCUAUGCAAAUUUGCAGGUAUUUUUUGGGUUUUGUAUUAAUUUGUGCAGAGCAUAACGAGUAAGACCCAGAGAUGUGUGUUUUGUCUUUUAUUUCCCAACUUUUUUUGUCUUUUUAUUUUUAUUUUUUCUAAGAGAAUCUUCAUUUUGUUUACCCUUUCCCCCAGAUAGUACAUUAGACGGGAAAAAACUUUUUUUUUGUGUGAGAUUAAAAACGAUUUUAACUUCAAAUUGAAGUAACAAGAGCUAAUUAAAAGUCUUGAGUAAUUGAUGUAUGAAAAUGGGCUUUUAGUGAUUGGGCUUUGAGAUUGAGGGUGUUAAUUCUGUUUUAGUCAUCAUCAAUUUAGGCUUCCUUAUGAUCGUAACUUGUAGGGCACGGUAGCUUUACUUUAUCUGUUUGACUUCAUAUGUUUUGUUUUGAUUCUCUUAUCUGUUUUAACGGCGGGACUAAUUUGUGACCGUUGAAUUAUACAUUAUUAUAAAACCUCUAAAGCAAAACUAAAAGCCACACAAAGGAAAAAACGCUCGACCUCCAUUUCCAAGAAAGAAGAAUGACAACGGCGAUGAUGAUCUUCACGGCGGCGAUGGUUUUGGUUACGGUGCCGGCGGUUGAAGCACAGAGUGAGUGUGUGAGCAAGAUAGUCCCCUGCUUCAGGUUCAUGGACACGAAAACAAAGCCGUCGAGGGAUUGUUGCAACUCGAUCAAGGAAGCGGUGGAGAAAGAUUUUAGCUGUCUCUGCACCAUCUACAACACUCCUGGUUUACUCGCUCAGUUCAACAUCACUACUGAUCAAGCUCUCAGUCUCAAUCGUCGAUGUGGCGUCAACACUGAUCUCUCCGCUUGUUUCGGUUCUGGAACUCCACCACCACCACAUCCUCCACCUUCACCUGAAAUUAUAUUUCCACCUCCAGCUUCGUCACCUCCAUCGCCAGCUGAGAUGCUCCCUCCACCUCCAGCAAUGUCAAGGAGCUUUAAGAUAGAAAACAAAUGCGAAUACAUCAUCUGGCCUGCAACCUACGGCUACAAGAGAUCACUGGAAACAACCGGUUUUGUUCUCGAAAAAGGAGAGACGCGGACCAUCAAAGCGCCACCAUCAUGGACAGGUCGUUUUUGGGGUAGGACGAUCUGCUCCACUAACUCAACAGGGGCUUUCUCAUGUGCCACGGGAGACUGCGCCUCCGGAAAAAUCAAAUGCCUCGGUAACCCCAUAGAUCCAACAACUGUGGCCGACUUUAAACUCGCUUCUUACGGUGACUAUUAUGUCGUCAACGUCAUCGAUGGUUACAACCUCCCUUUGCUUGUGACCCCUGAGAACAAAAACUGCAGAAGCACUGGAUGCGUUGUUGACAUGAACGAGACGUGUCCCUCGGAGCUAAUGGUGAACAGAUCGCACCAUCCAAUAGCCUGCAUGACCACCUGUCAGAGAUACCAGUUGCCCGAGCUUUGCUGUGUCGGACUCUCCUCUGGAAUGGUCGUACCACCGGGAAUAUGCAAGCGGACGAUUUACUCGCGGACUUUCAACCACGCGUGCCCAAGCGCUUAUAGCUACAUCUACGACUUUGAUAACAGCAGUUUCACUUGUCCAUACUUCUCCAACUUUGUCAUCACGUUUUGCCCGUCUAGUCACAACAAAACCAGAAACAUCAUUAGCUCAACGGUCCCAAGGGCAGGAAAUGUUGACGGUUCUUCCCCCAAGAAAAUUCGAGCAGAAGCAAAAGGAAAUUUUCCAUUGAAGUUAAAACUCAUACUUGGAGUUUCAUCUGUUUUGGCUACAAUGAUCAUUAUUGUGAUUGUGGUAAGGGUUAGAGCAAAGAAUACGAGAAAGAGUGAUUGGAAUGAGAAGAACAUGGAAGCAGUUGUAAUGAUGAAACGUUUCAGUUAUGUACAAGUCAAGAAGAUGACAAACUCAUUUGCGAAUGUUCUUGGGAAAGGGGGAUUUGGAACUGUAUAUAAAGGGAAGUUACCCGAUGGCAGCCGAGAUGUUGCAGUGAAGAUCUUGAAGGAGUCAAACGGGGAUGGGGAAGACUUCAUCAAUGAAAUAGCUAGCAUGAGUAGGACAUCUCAUGCUAAUAUAGUUUCUCUGCUUGGAUUCUGUUAUGAAGGGAGAAAGAAAGCUAUAAUAUAUGAGUUCAUGUCGAAUGGAUCCCUUGACAAGUUCAUCUCUGAGAAGAUGUCGGCAAAGAUGGAAUGGAAAACAUUAUACAACAUUGCGGUAGGUGUGUCUCAUGGCCUAGAAUACUUGCAUAGCCAUUGUGUAUCAAGGAUUGUACAUUUCGAUAUAAAGCCACAAAACAUACUCAUGGAUGGAGAUUUUUGCCCCAAGAUUUCGGAUUUUGGUCUUGCUAAGCUAUGCAAAAAUAAUGAAAGCAUCAUGUCAAUGCUACAUGCAAGAGGCACGAUUGGGUACAUUGCCCCAGAAGUGUUUUCCCAGAGUUUUGGAGGAGUUUCUCAUAAGUCGGAUGUGUAUAGUUAUGGAAUGGUGGUUCUUGAGAUGAUUGGAGCAAGGAACAUAGAAAGGGCUCAAAAUUUUGGAUCCAAUAACACUUCAAUGUAAUUUCCAGAUUGGAUCUAUAAAGAUCUUGAGAAAGGAGAAAUCAUGAGUUUUUUGGCAGAUCAAAUUACCGGAGAAGAAGGUGAGAAGAUAGUAAAGAAAAUGGUAUUGGUGGGUCUGUGGUGUAUUCAAACCAAUCCAUAUGAUCGUCCACCAAUGAGCAAAGUUGUUGAAAUGUUAGAGGGAAGUCUAGAGGCUCUCCAGAUUCCACCGAAGCCUCUUUUAUGUUUACCCGAGGUAACAAUUCCAAUAACUGUUGAUGACAUUCAAGAGACUUCAAGCUUCUUGAAACCAAGUCAAGACACUUCAUAUUAUUCCGAACAAGUUGUUCAAGAUAUUGUAGAAGAGAAUCAAGAUAGCUCAAGAUCUUCCUAAACCAAGGCCAGCAAAAGACGAGUGUUAUUCUUACAAGUUGGUAAGGUUUUGAGAUCAUCUUACCGGUUUGCUGAUGAAAUCUAAAUUAGAUUUUGCUACUGUAGUCACCAUUAAUUAUUCAUGUGGAAAUGAAAACCCAAAAUAUUCUAUGCUUAUAUUAGGAGAUAGAUGUAGACAUGAGACAUCCAACAUCGUUGUUCACUGAAAUGGGUCUGUUUGUUUCAGUGUUUAAGUUCCACGCCCUGAUUGUAUUUAAUCCUUAAGACC